AUUUGGUAGAGAAUUGUAAUGGUUGGUUCCGCAUCUGCGCCAAAUAAUCGCCGAUAAAGUCCCAUUGUCUAUAGUUUCUUUGUGAUUUCGCAAUGAUAUACACGCAGAGAUAAAUAGCACUUGUUUUUGUUUAAAACUUUUAUGACAUUUGUUUUGAUGUGCAAUAAUCCUUUGUGCAAUGAAAUAUAUAGGUUCUCAUAAAUAAAAUUCGCUAGUUGUAAUCGUCAGUUCAUUUUCAAUGUAUAAUUUGUAUAUUACACAGUCUUGUGUCCUGCUGUUUGGCGAUGGCAACGAACCGAAGUGCUCAGAGGCCAAACGGGGCGCCUCAGACUAAGGUGUGCCAGUUCAAGCUGGUUCUGUUGGGUGAGUCGGCUGUGGGCAAGUCUUCAUUGGUGCUACGUUUCGUGAAGGGUCAGUUCCAUGAGUAUCAAGAGAGCACUAUCGGAGCAGCAUUCCUUACACAGACGCUCUGCCUCGACGACACCACUGUCAAGUUUGAAAUUUGGGACACGGCAGGACAGGAGAGAUAUCACAGCCUAGCUCCUAUGUACUACCGGGGAGCGCAGGCCGCCAUCGUAGUCUACGACAUUACUAAUCAGGACACAUUCGGUCGCGCCAAGAACUGGGUGAAGGAGCUCCAGCGGCAGGCGUCUCCGUCCAUCGUGAUCGCUCUGGCCGGGAACAAGAGCGACCUGGCCGCCAAGAGGAUGGUCGAGUUCGAGGAGGCGCAGGCCUACGCCGACGAGAACGGCCUGCUCUUCAUGGAGACCAGCGCCAAGACCGCCAUGAACGUUAACGAUAUAUUCCUAGCUAUCGCGAACAAGUUACCAAAGAGCGAGGUGUCCAGCGGCGGCGCGGGGACCAGAGUGCUCAACGACGCGGACGCGCCGCGGAGCUCCUCCUGCUGCAAGUGAUACCGCCAGAGCAUUCGGCAGCGGCGAGCGACCGCCCGCGGGUGACGCCCGGCCGGGGGACACGACCACACACACACACACACACACAUCCAACACACACCCAACACUCACACACACACACAUCCAACACACACCCAACACUCACACACACACACAGUCCGCGGCCGCGCCAACAUCACGACUGCUGUCUAUAUAUAGUUAUAUUUUUCUAAUUUACUGAGAGAGUUUUAAAGCUCUGGACGCACGGCAAGGGGAUUGUGGCAACCGCGCUCCGACCUCGUGUCCGUGUCGUGUCGUGUCGUGUCCGUCGGCCCGCGAGGCCCCGACCAUAGACUAACUUGAAACUUAUCCGUAACGGUAACGAGUAAAAUUAUAAAUAUAUAAUGAUAAAAAAUAUUUGUAUCAUGUUAUAGGCGGCAUUGUUUUUCCCUUAGCUUAAGGUCUUACUAUGUUUAAUUUUCAUAGCGGUAUUUAAUCUGGUAUGAUACGAAUCACACUGCGCUGUAGAUAGAGUACCGGCUACCGGAAAUAUUUAUACAUAUAAUGAAGUGGUUAAAUAAAAAAAAUCGAAAAUAUUUUUAUUCUUUACUUAGGGGACGUAGCUUCACGUAACGAAUUUUUAAAAGGACGGAUUGGCUCCGACAGUAGAGUGUAAAUAAAACGUGUAUUCAAAAUGGACGUCAACUGUCACGUUAUACAAACAAUUCCCGCGCUUUUUUUCGUUUCUGCACCAGCUGCGUACUCGGGAUGCAUUUACGUAUAUUAUGAGCCAUUUCAUGAUCUCUAGCGACGUCAUGCAUCAAGUCACGUGUGAUCAUGUUCAAAGGAUCUUGUCUGCGGAGGGCUCGUGCUGGUUCGAUCGCUUCAGGAAUCAUCGAUAUAUGUUAUAUUUUUGUAAGUCCAUCCGGCGCCGACGAGGUGUGGCGCUGUUUCAUCGUUUAGUUCAAAUAAAUAGAGACAUACAUCAUGUAGUGUUCGUAGAAAAUUAUGAAUCGGUUAACGGGCGGUUAGAUGUUACAGAUGAUAAUAAUAAUAUGAAAUGUUUGUUGGUGACGCAUUCCAGUGGGCGCUCGGCUCGCUCGGCUUGUGUUAGGAGGAGGCACGCGAGGAGGGUUCACUGUUGGACAUAGACGGUUAAGAUUUACUAACGGAUAGCUAUGAGCUGCGUUCAGUUUGACGAUACUUGUGUCGAGGUCACCGAUCGUAAUUAGUAUGUUCGAACAUCAAGAUGCUUUGUAUAAGAUAUUUGAUCAAUGUCGCAGCUGUUCAGUAACAACAGUGUGUCCGCCUCGCCGUGCCGGCACCCGGCGCCGGGUCCACCGAGUCGCUCGGACGAUACUCGUGAGGUGUGGUUCUUGUUACACAUCACUAUAUUACGUAUCGGACAGCCAGCUAACUUAUAGUAUCCGUCGAUACGAAUUGAUCUAAAUGUAUUUUGGAAUCAAAUUAUUUAAUAUGUAAUAGUAAUACAUAUGUUUUUUUUAUAAAUCGUGAGUAAUUGAAAUUAUUAUAUAUAAGUUUUUAUAUUCACAUCAGUCCAAAUCGCUUCCUCGUCACUCGCUAGCGUGGUCCGGUCGGUGCAUGAGUUCAUUGUCGUAAAUCGUACUGUGUUUUGUCACGUCUCGCCGCGGUACAUGUUCUGUAUCUAUAUUUUUGGGUAACGUUAUAUAUUGAAAGGCAUCAGUGAUACCACAGAAUGUGCAAUAAGUAAGCUUCUAAGAUCACCGCUUCGAUAUAUAUCAUAUACAAGUUAUGUUCGCGACUCGCGCCGCCUCGGCGCCUGUCGGGCGGCGAAGGACUGUCGGUAUACAAAGUAGGAGUCGAGACUCCGUCACUACAACCGGCGCGAAGACGUUUAUGAAGGUCAUAUAGUAUGGUUUUGUAUUGUGUAAAUAUUUUGGAUUUAUUAAGAUUAUUAUAUUGAAUAAAAAAAUAUUGUAAAUUA